AGGUUAUACUCGAUGAGAAAAUUGAUACAUAUUGAUACACAUACAGUAUAUAGGUGUUCGUCGUUUAGUUGUACCGAAAUUUUACAAAAAUGUUGAUGAAUCGUUUCCACACCUUGCGUCAUGGAUUUGACGUAAAAUUUGUCAAAAACUUGUUCCAAAAACAAAAUCUAUGUACAACGACUAUUGUUCAUGAAAAAUUUGAUUGGCAAGAUCCGUUCAGGAUCUAUGAUGAAUUAACGAGUGAAGAACGUGAAAUCAAAGAUCAAAUGCGAUAUUAUUGUACCAAACAAUUGAUGCCAAGAAUUUUGCAAGCAAAUCGGAAUGAACAUUUUGAUACUAACAUUCUGAAAGAAAUGGGUGCUUUAGGCGCUCUUGGACCAACAUUAGAAGGUUAUGGAUGUGCAAAUGUUUCAUCAGUCGCUUAUGGCUUGAUAACCUAUGAAAUCGAACGAGUAGAUAGUGGUUAUCGUUCAUCAGUCAGCGUUCAAUCCUCUCUCGUAAUGUAUCCGAUUUACGCUUUUGGAUCGAAAGAACAGAAAGAUAAAUAUCUACCGAAAUUAGCCAAAGGAGAAUUAAUCGGCUGUUUUGGUCUGACCGAACCUAAUCAUGGCAGUGAUCCAAGUGGAAUGGAGACCAACGCCAAAUAUGAUCCAUCAUCUAAGACAUAUAUUUUGAAUGGUACAAAGACUUGGAUCACAAAUGCCCCAGUUGCAGAUAUUUUCGUGGUUUGGGCUAAGUGCGAUAAUAAAAUAAGAGGCUUUAUUCUUGAAAAAGGCAUGAAAGGAUUAUCCGCGCCUAAAAUCGAAGGAAAAUUCUCUCUUCGAGCAUCUGCUACCGGAAUGAUAAUUAUGGAAGAUAUUAGAGUACCCGAGGAAAACAUUUUGCCUAAAGCUGAAGGAUUAAAAGGACCAUUCAUGUGCCUAACCAAUGCAAGAUUUGGUAUUUCUUGGGGCGCUAUGGGUGCAGCUACCUCCUGUUUUGAAACGGCCAGAAAUUACGUAUUAGAUCGUAAUCAAUUUGGUAAACCAUUGGCCAGUAAUCAAAUCAUUCAGUUGAAAUUGGCAGACAUGUUAACAGAGAUUAAUCUUUCCCUUCUAUCCAGUCUACAUUUGGGAAGACUUAAAGACAAAAAUAUGUUACAACCCGAAAUGGUUUCGUUAGCAAAGCGCAAUUCCGCUGGCAAAGCACUUGCCAUUGCACGAGUUUGCCGGGAUAUGUUAGGCGGUAAUGGAAUCUCAGAUGAAUAUCAUGUCAUAAGACAUAUGAUGAAUUUAGAAGCAGUCAAUACAUAUGAAGGAACACAUGAUAUUCAUGCAUUGAUUCUUGGUCGAUCAAUCACAGGCAUACAAGCUUUCAAAUAAUGUGAAUUGAAUAAAUGUUUUGUUAAUUGAAAA